AUGGCCUUUGAAUGCCGGGAAGGAGGGGAUUCUCUGUCGGAGAUAUCUGUGGGUCGGGUGUGGGACAAACAAGCUAAAUCCAGGCAUCUAAUUUCUACCACAAUAUCUCGUCCGAAUCCAUUCUCAAAGCCCGAGAAGAAGCUCCUGACAGAGAAAUCUGCAUCUGUCACCCAUCCGAAGAAGGGGACCGCCACAUCCUCGGUAACAGCAGUCGAUGAUCCAUCUUCCGGUGGACGCCGAUCGAUUACAGACCUUCCCCCAGCCCUGGUUUCUGAGAUCCUCUGCCACUUGAACGCCAAAGAUCUCGGAGUCGUCUCCUGCGUGUCCACCCUACUCUACAGCCUCGCCUCCGACCACCGAGGGUGGAAGGAGUUCUACUGCGGGCGAUGGGGACUGCCAUUGGGUUCGCCGCCGAUCAGCUCGAGCUCGCCGGAAGAUAAGACAUGGAAGGAGCUGUUCGUGGAGAGGGAGUUCAGGAGCAACUCGUACAUGGGGCGCUUCAGCAUGGAGGUGCUCCGAGGCCACACCGAGGCGGUCCGCUCUGUCUUCCUCCUGCCGGCGGCGAAGCUCAUCUUCACCGGCGGCUACGACUCUGUGGUGAGGACCUGGGACAUGGAAGACGGCCUGGCCAUCGCCUCCUCGAGGUCUCUGGGUUGCACCAUCAGGGCGGUCGCCGCCGACAUGCAGCUCCUGGUGGCCGGAGGAACGGGCUCCUUCCUCCAUUGCUGGAGGGCCGUCGAGGGGCACCCCCAUCUGUUCGACAUCACCGGAUCCUCCUCCACCGCCGCUGGCCAUGAAUUCCGCCUCUGGGGUCAUGAAGGCCCCGUCACCUGCAUUGCACUGGACUCUGCGAGGAUCUUCAGCGGCUCCUGGGACAUGAGCGUCCGCAUAUGGGAUCGAGCUCGGAAGAAGUGCUCCAUGGUGCUAAGGCAUGGCGACUGGGUUUGGUCUCUGGUUCCUCGAAGGACCACCGUCGCCACGACCGCUGGCGGAGAUGCCUACAUCUGGGACAUUGAAGACGGGAAUCAGCUGGCAGUAAUCAACAAUGCCCAUGUGGGCAAUGCCUAUGCUCUGGCGAGGACCCACUCCGAGGAUCUGCUCUUCACCGGCGGGGAAGACGGAGCCGUGCGCCUGUUUGAGCUCACUGGAUGCGAUGGUGGCAGUUCAAGGCCAAUCGCCACCUGGGUCCCUCACACGGCAGCGGUGCAGUCCCUGGCCUUCGAGUUCCCCUGGCUCGUCUCAUGUUCCAGCGACGGGAGGCUCGCCCUCAUCGACGUGAGGAAGCUAUUGGAGUCAGGCCGCCGCCGGUUUCUGGCGGGUGCGGCGGAGCCACCACAGAGGAUGCUCCAUGGCUUUGGCUGCAACAUCUUCUCGGUGGCAGUUGGCGCCGACAGGAUCUGCUGCGGUGGCGAGGAGGGUGUGGUUAGGGUGUGGAACUUCUCCCAGGCCCUGGAGAUGGAGAAGCGAGCUAGAGCCCUCAGAGGGAUCAGAUUGGAGAACCGGAUGAGGCGGAGGAAGGUGCAGCUUGAUUGGAGUGGCCGGAGUGGGAGCUCGGAGCAGUGCUCUGUCGUCGCUGCCAAGAGGAACCAGAUGGGCGGCGAUCGGGCUUGGCACAGCAAGCGGGGGGUUGGAGGCAAGCUGAAGGCGUAG